AUGGACGCGGCGCCGAGCCGGAGCCCCGAGGCGCGGGAGAAGCCGCCAGUGCUGGACGGGGAGGCGGCGGGCGCGGCCCCGGCCUCGCCGGCGGCGGCGGAGCAGAUCGUGGCGGAGGGCGAGGCGGCAGCGGCGGCGGCGAGCACGUUCGUACAACGGCAGCUCGGGGCCAUGCUGCAGCCCGCCGUGAACAAGUUCUCGCUGCGCAUGUUCGGCAGCCACCGAGCCGUGGAGAUCGAGCGGCAACGGGUUAAGUCGGCCGGUACCUGGAUCAUCCACCCCUACAGCGACUUCAGGUUUUACUGGGACCUCAUCAUGCUGCUCCUGAUGGUGGGGAAUUUGAUCAUCCUGCCCGUGGGCAUCACCUUCUUCAAGGAUGAGAACACCCCUCCCUGGAUCGUUUUCAACGUCCUUUCAGACACUUUCUUCUUGGCUGACCUGGUGCUGAACUUCCGGACAGGCAUCGUGGUGGAGGACAACACAGAGAUCAUCCUCGACCCUCACACCAUCAAAAUGAAGUACUUGAAGAGCUGGUUCCUGGUUGACUUCAUCUCCUCCAUCCCAGUUGACUACAUCUUCCUCAUCGUCGACCUGGAGACCCAGGUGGAUUCUGAUGUCUACAAGACCGCCCGGGCCCUGCGCAUUGUUCGCUUCACCAAGAUCCUCAGCCUGCUGCGCCUCCUGCGCCUCUCGCGCCUCAUCCGCUACAUCCACCAGUGGGAGGAGAUCUUCCACAUGACUUACGACCUGGCCAGCGCUGUGGUGAGGAUCUUCAACCUCAUCGGUAUGAUGCUGCUGCUGUGUCACUGGGAUGGCUGCCUCCAGUUCCUGGUGCCCAUGCUGCAGGACUUCCCUGAGGACUGCUGGGUCUCCAUCAACCACAUGGUGAACGACUCCUGGGGGAAGCAGUACUCUCAUGCCCUCUUCAAGGCCAUGAGCCACAUGCUCUGCAUUGGCUACGGCCAGCAGGCACCCGAGGGCAUGACGGACGUCUGGCUCACCAUGCUCAGCAUGAUCGUGGGGGCCACCUGCUACGCCAUGUUCAUCGGCCACGCCACUGCCCUCAUCCAGUCGCUGGAUUCCUCCCGGCGCCAGUACCAGGAGAAGUACAAGCAAGUGGAGCAGUACAUGUCCUUCCACAAGCUGCCAGGGGACACACGCCAGCGGAUCCAUGAGUACUACGAGCACCGCUACCAGGGCAAGAUGUUUGAUGAGGAGAACAUCCUGGGGGAGCUCAGUGAGCCGCUCAAAGAGGAGAUCAUCAACUUCAACUGCCGCAACCUGGUGGCCAACAUGCCCUUGUUUGCCAACGCGGACCCCAACUUCGUCACAGCCAUGCUGACCAAGCUGCGCUUCGAGGUCUUCCAGCCUGGGGACUUCAUCAUCCGCGAGGGCACCGUGGGCAAAAAGAUGUACUUCAUCCAGCAUGGAGUGGUCAGCAUCCUCACCAAGGGCAACAAGGAGACAAAGCUGUCUGAUGGCUCCUACUUCGGUGAAAUCUGCCUGCUGACUCGGGGCAGGCGGACGGCCAGCGUGAGAGCUGACACCUACUGCCGCCUCUACUCCUUGUCUGUGGAUAACUUCAACGAGGUGCUGGAGGAGUACCCCAUGAUGCGCAGAGCCUUCGAGACAGUGGCCAUGGACCGCCUGGACCGCAUAGGGAAGAAGAAUUCCAUCUUGCUCCGCAAGCGAGCUGAGCACAGCUCGGGGCCCAUGAACACCGAGAUGAUCCAGCAGAUCGUGAAGCAUGACCAGGACGUGGCCCACAACAUCCAGGACCUGCAGCAGAUGGCCAUUGGCCGGGAGCUGAGCGGCAAGCCGGUGAUCUGGGAGCCGCUGGUGCACGCCCCCCUGCAGACAGCCGCCGCCACCACCAACGUGGCCAUUGCCUUGACUCACCAGCACAGCCUGCAGGCCCACAUCUUCCUGCCACCCUCCUCCAUCUCCAGCCCCCUCUCCCCCGAGGCCACCCUGCUCACCAAGCAAGUGCGCAGGUCCCAGCCCAGCCUGGGGGGCUCCCGGCCUUCCUCCGUGAGCUCCCCGUCGGGGGCACCGUCUCACCUCCAGACACCUGCCGCCGGUUCGCCUUCCUCCCCCAUGGUCCAGUCCCAGGUGUCCCUGGAGAGCGGGACCCAGAGACCAAGCCCCGGGGCGCAGGCAGCGCCGCCGCCGCGCACGGUACCGAAGGGAGAGCUGCCGACGGCGGCCAAGCAGCCCCCGGGCGGCUCCCAGCCGCAGCUCUCCAAGUCCCGAGGCACCUCGGUCUCCACCUCGCUGCUGCAGCAGGCGGCUGGGGCUCCUUCCCCCAGCUCGGAGCAGGCACUGCCGGCGGGGAGAACGCUCCACUACAGUCUGUCCCGAGCCACCGGCUCCCACAUCUCCCUUCUGAUGCAGCCCCAGCAGCUGGUGAAGCACAGGAGCAUCCAGGGCCUGCCAGUGGGGAGGCUCACCCAGGACGUCCGGCUGCUCUCCGCCUCCCAGCCCUCCCUUCCCAACAAAGUGUCCCAGCAAGCCGACGGGAGCUCCUUGCAGCAGGGCAGGAAGUCUGCGGGGAACCUGGCCCGCAGAUCCUCUCCCUCGGUCGCUGGACUCCUCGCCAAGCCAUGUCCGGGGACCCCAGCCCAGCCAGCACACCCUCAGCAGAUGCCUUCAGGAUCUCUGGCUCAAUCCAGCCGCUCGGUGGCAGGAGCAUCCACCCCGCAGUCCCCAGCCGCCACCUCCAGGCAGGCAGCAGGUCCCUCCCGCAAGGGCUCCGUGGCCUUCAGCCCCGAGGUGGAAACAGGGAAGCCCAAACUCCCCUCCAACAUGUGA